ACGAAGUCCGGACGCGGCUCCACCUUAACCACCCCAAUCCGAGCUCGGCAGGCCUCUUUCUCUUUCUCCACACAGGGACAGGCUCUCCCACCGCCCGUCCACGCUUUCUCUCACUCGUGCAAAACCCCCCACCCCCCUUUUUUUGUUGUUGUUGUCCGCCAGCGACCACCAUGGUGGCAUCCGGCGGUCCCAGCACGGGCCAGACCUGCGGGCUCGUCCUGAUUUUCGCCGUGCUCUUGCAAUCCAUCUGCGUGGCGAUCACUUUCCUUUAUUUCACCAACGAGCUGCAACAGCUCCGAGAAACCUACGCAAAGAGUAGCUUUGCUUGCUUCACCAGGGAAAAUUUUUUCCUAGAAGAUAUGGAUCCAAAUGAUAAAGAAGAUGGCGAUCCCUGCUGGGAGGUCAAAUGGCAGCUGUCAAGGCUCAUUAAAAAGAUGGUGGCCAAGAAUCGUGCAGAAGAAGGAACAUCAGCUUCAACACAAGACAAUAUUUCUCUAGAUACCAUUGCAAGAGACGCACCUAGGAACCCCCGAGUCGCAGCUCACCUCACCUCCAGCAGAAACGCAAGGAGAGCUUUAUAUGUACAAAGUACCCCUAUGAGAAACAAUUUGGGAUUUAAAAUAAUCUCUUGGCAACCUUCGGUGUACCCUUCCUUUCUUCACAAUAUAUUGCUGAACAAUGGAGAACUUAUCAUACAGCAACCUGGAUUUUAUUACAUUUAUGCACAGACUUAUUUUCGUUUCCGAGAAUCGGAAGGUGUUGAACCCAAUGCAGAUCCUGACUCGGAGAGCACUAGGAAUCCAAAGCAGAUGGUUCAGUACAUUUCCAAAUUUACAGAGUAUUACCCAGAAGCCAUCCUGCUAAUGAAAAGUGCAAGAAGCAGCUGUUGGUCUAAAAAAGCAGAAUAUGGACUAUAUUCCAUAUACCAGGGCGGAGUGUUUCAGUUAAGAAGAAACGAUAGGAUUUUUGUCUCCAUCAGCUACGUAGAACUGGUGGACAUGGAUAAAGAAGCCAGCUUCUUUGGAGCCUUCCUGGUCUCUUAAAACAAAGAUGAGAGAAUCAUUGGACAUCCAUAAAAGAAGUUGUGGAAGACCUGAAAAAUUCUGCCUUCUAAGUACAGUAAGAAGUAGUUGCACUAUCCACGGAAUUGGAUGAAGUAUUUCAGUUGCCCUGUUAAGCACCACUGAGACCAGUUCAAGGUCCCGUUAUCCAAAUUCCACAACAAAUGUUUGGCAGGCUACAGAUAACAGAAAUGCUAACAAGCUGCUUUGGGUCCAUGAACAAUCUUCCAGGGAUUUUGGGUUUGGUGUUUUUUUUGUUUGUUUGUUUGGAACGGGAAAGUUGCAUUUUGAUUUGUUUCAGCAAAUUUCUGUUGAUCAGAUUAUGCAUGGAAUCCAUGCACCUAAGAAGACACAAGUGAUUUCAACCUGUACCGUCUUGUGGGUAGUUGUCACCCUGGUGUGGGUUGCAUUUGCUGAACCGACUCUGACAACAGAGGGUAAAGGAUAAAGCAAAAUAGAUUCUCUAAGUUCUUUCCUUUUUUUUUUCACAUCAGAAUGAUGUGACAGCUGAAUCGUACAUUCAGAAUAGCCCCCAUCCAGAAAAGUACCAUCUCUGAUCGCAAGAGAAGAAAAAUCCCCUAUUGGAAAGCCGCAUCCUAAACUCGCUUCCAUCGAGGGGAACAUUCAUAUACCUGCACCCCCUUCAGGCAGCUUGAAAUGGUAGAGUCCCAGAGUAGGCUGUACCAUGCAAUAACUCCAAACAAGCUGUUCCUUUUGUGAGAAUGGAAAAAAAAUGUGAAUCCCAUUUGGAAAGAACUGGUUUUGCUUCAUGUUCCAAUUGGGCCGAACGGAUAAAAAUGAAACCUAAGAGUCAGAUUACUCUGAGGCUGGAAACAGGCUUCAGAUUAGUUGAGUAUCUCCUUUUAAUGCAGGAACAUUUUUUUUAAUGAAAAGGUUUAUUUUUAAGGUUUGUAUUUUU